AUGGGCUUCUCGCACCGAUGGGACCUGCUGUUUAGGCACAUGCUGCAUCGAGAAUUCAUGGAUGAGGAGACAAGGCCACUAUCCAGGAAGUUUACAGAAUGGGUCUACGGACCUGUUCAUUCUUCACUUUAUGACAUGACCUCCAUUGACACCAAUGAAGAAGACUCUGUGUUAGAGAUAAUAAUUUUUGGGAGUGAGAUUCCGAAUCAUCCUGAGAUGCUUCAGAUUGAACCACUUCGCAGUCUUCUUCAGGAUAAGUGGGAAAGGUUCGCUUUGAAAUUAUUCUUGAUGAAUUUCUUGCUUUAUGUGGUGUACCUGACCAUCUUCACUGCUGUGGCCUUGUACAGAAAGGAUGGAAAGGAGGAAUACGUUGGACUUCUUGUGCUCCCCUUGGCUCUCGCCUGGGUGAACCUUCUUUACUACCUAAGAGGUUCCAAGCAAUUAGGGAUGCAUGGUGUCAUGAUGCAAAGAAUGAUCUUACGUGACCUGUUGCACUUUUUAUCCGUUUACUGUGUCUUGCUUUUUGGAUUUUCUGCUGCUUUUGUUGCUCUUAUACGUGACCCGCCUGAAGUAGUGUCAGCUGCCCAAAACCUGACAGCUGAUAUACAGCUACAAGGAGGGAGGUUGACUACUUCUGUAAACAAGCUAAGUUAUAGUGACGUUCGUUUUACUAUACUGGAACUGUUCAAGUUCACUAUUGGAAUGGGAGAUCUGCAGUUCACGGACGACGUUCAGUACAAAGAAGUUUACUACAUCCUGCUCAUCUCUUACAUAGUUCUCACAUACAUCCUGCUGCUGAACAUGCUGAUAGCCCUGAUGAGCAACACAGUUGAAAGACUCUCAAACCAAAGCGAAAACAUCUGGAACCUGCAGCGGGCCUUUACAAUUUUGGACAUGGAGAGGUCUCUGCCAAAACCCCUGAGGCAUAAGCUGCUUUCCAGAUCAUCUAGGAUGGAGUCUUCCAGAAACAGCAUGGACACUCGGAAAUUUUUCAGAAUUGUCUGCAAAUCCCUGCAAUCCCUGCAUGUGAACCCACAUGAACCCAUGUGCCUGUUCAUCUUAGCCGAUAUGAUGCCUGACAGGCGCUUCCACGUGGUGCUGAGGCAGGUUAUUG